CAUCAAACGCUAGCUGCGUCGGUAAAAUAUUCAUGAUAGAAACUUAUCCUUAUUAUCCGAUUGACAUUGAUUUGAUAAACAAGGGGCAUAAAUUCCAGGAUACCGGCUUGGAACGUUCAGGGAAACCGGAAGCUUGACGUAUCAUCUUAAACAGAUUCUGUCGUAUGUCUUGAUCUGAGGGAAACUGGAGAGGUCAGAAAAGUCAAAUAAGUGUGGCCUAAACAGGUUAAGGUUAGUCUGACAAUGUCUUUCUUUGGACUAACUCACGUUGGAUAUCAAAACACCAUCAAGGAAAUAUCCAUAGCAUCUCAGAAGGACCCUAUUAGAUCAAAAACUCAGCUUGGAUAUCUGGCCUUGCCACCUUUAAAAGACUUCAAUUCACCGCCUCGUUCUAUUGUCCCAGUUGAUGAUAUUUCACAGUAUGGCAGAGGGCCUGACCGGUCAUAUAAUGAAUACUGCAGGCUAAGAAUGAAACAUGUAAGAAACCCUAGAGAUCCCCAGAACAUCUAUCUUCGGCCUGCCACAACUGCUCAAAAUAUAGGCUGGUGGAAAAAAGAUGAACCUCUCAGAACAACGUUGCCCUGGACUUGCGUGCAGAGGAAGCCAGUGAUACACAGUGAAAUGAGCAAAUUUGUUGAUGAUAUGAAACUAACCAAUAAACACUUUACUCUGUUUUGAAAAAGAAAGGUUGUUAUUUACAUUUGGUGAAAUAAGAUCAAAUGACUCAAAGUAUAAUGUUUCUUAAGCCAUUUACCAACAUAUAAUUUUAUUUUGAUAAGUGUUUUCUUUGAAAUGUUAGUGCGAAACAGGGAGUUGAUUGCUUGAAAAUAGAUAUUAUGAAUGAAUUAGCAGUUUCAAAAUAUUCUCUUUUGGGGCUUUGAUGUUGCAGCUUUUUUUAGUUGGCAACUCUCAAAUACUAAAAUAAUAAGUUUGCAUACAUCCAUAGUGGGCUAGUUCAUUCCUAAUAUUCAUUUGUUUAAAACAGAUUUAUGCUGCUUUGCCAUGUAAAUUACAUUAAAUUCUUAAAAGGUACUAAGAUUGUUAAAUAUCGUGAUUUCUAUCUGGAAUCUACAUUCAUUUUAAUUGUAGUGAACUUUCAGUCUAUGCAAGUUCACUUUUACAGCUUGCCGUUUUAUAGACGAUAAUUACUGUGACUUUUUAGAAAUGCUAAGGAAAUAAAAAGGAUGCAAUGUCCCAUCCAUAAAGAUAUGCUUACAAUAAUUAUUUCAGCCACUACUUUUUAUUAAUUAACAAGUUUAAAAAAAAACAACAAAAUUCUGUUUAGUAUCUCACUUCUCAAAUCUAAUAACUUUUAUAAGGUAAUACUGAGGACUAAGCCGUCUUGAUUACUUGGCAACACCAUGAUAGGGCGAAUCAUUGAAGUUCAUAUUUAGUAUAGACGUCUUCAUAAAGUAUUUUUCUGAUGUGUCUUUUUAGGAAACUGAAUGUACAUUCUGUAAUUUAUUCACAGGUUAGAAAAGCUCUAUGCCUUUAUAGAGUACAUACUUUUUAUUUGUUUUAGGGUAUUUGGGCUGCUUGUCCUCUAGCAAGUAAUACAUACAGAAGUAUAUUUCCUGUAGUGUCUUUUUUUUUUUUUUACCCAAUUCCUAAUAAUCCAGCAUUAUCACAAACUCUGGACCCUUUCAUCCACAUUAGGCUGUGUUAUCAAUAGUUAUGUUUAUUUAUUGAGACAUUUAUAGCUUUUAUGCAACAAUGUUAUCACUCAUUCCCUGUCAAAAUAAAUAGAGACAUCUACAGAAAGUUACAUCCCUUUCUGCCAGUCCACAUGAAGUAGCAUUAUAUGUACAUAUUUUAUCUACCUUUGAUUUGAAAACCAAAGACACUGUUUUUGUUUGUUUAGUUGUUUUUUUUUUCUUUUAAAAACUAGUGCACAAGAUUAACAGUAAAAAUUAUUUUAAAUAUUUUGUUUAAGAAUCACAAUUCAAAAUGCUUUUGAAAUUGGUGAUUGAAUUAAAAAUUUAUUUUUUUUUACUUUUAUUGUACUAUAAAAAGAAAAUUCCAGUCAUAACAUAAAAUCAUGCCUGUGAUUGUAGAUAUCUACAAAUAAAAAAGAAUUACUAGGAAUAGUAGAAAUGGAACAAAUAUGUUUAAUAAGGAAAAGCUAAAUUCUUUUAAAAAUAAAGCUAUAUAUUCUUGAUUGAUCCAUGAGCAGUAUUAACUUCAAUGUUCAUAUGUUGUUUUUUUUUUAAAAUAUACUUUAGUAUACAUAUUAAUAAUUGUUAAUGAUUAACUUGAACUAAAAUUUUGUUUCAUAAUAAAAAUAAUACUCAGUAGACAAUUAAUUGUGUUUAUCAUUGAGCUGUAGUACUAUGUUUUGUGUGUGUGUGUUUCAUACAUUUUCUUUAUUUAUUUAUAUCUAUGUAUACUUUAUGCCUUCAUAUUGCCAUUUUCUUUUUUAAAGUCAUUUGUUUACAAUACAAUUUUAUAUAUGAAGAUGAUUACAACAGUAUAUUUACAUAUAUAUGAAGAGUGAUGGUUACAAUAAAACUAAGCCAAAAAAUAAACAAAUAAAUACAAAUGAUUUGUUGA